GAUGCGGCACUGCGGUUCCGAGGCCGUUACUCCGGCUCCUCUAGAGAGGGCGGAGGAGGAGGAGGCAGGAGUGCGGCGGUGAUCUUGUGCCAGGGCUUCCUAGAGGCGCACUGAAAAGGCUGGCGGGGCUCAGGCAGCUGGGGACUUAGGGACACACAUUCAAGCCCCCAGCCCCCGGCAGGGGAAGGGGGCUGGAGACGAGGCGUGAGAGCUUUGGAGGGAUGGUGUCUGCUCGGGGGGAAGGGGCGAGCCCUGCCUGUCGGUGGUGAGGGGCUGCGGGCAGGGGCGGCUCUGCGGGUCGAAGCGACUCCAUGCCCACUGGUGGGUGGAACGUGUAGCGCGGAACGCGGCGGUCGAGCCUGGCCGCCUCUCGGACCCCUGACGCGAAUUUCAUUUAGCCCACGUUGGGAUUAAUUCAUCGGGGGCAGUUUCGCCGGUCCGCUUCCUCCAGGAGCUGGGCAACCUUGACGGGCUUUUUGUCUUGCUGCUCCAGCCCCCUUUCCCUUCCUCCUCCUCCAGAUGCCUUUUCUCUGCCCCUCCUCGCCCGGUACAGACAUUUCCAGCGCAGGCUUCGGCUCGUGGGGGCUGUUGAAGGCGCUUCCCGGGAUUUCGGCUGGUUUCCCUCGGGGGUUUUUGAGGAGGGAGAGUUUUCCCCCCCUCCUCGAUGGGAUUUUCCUCGCUUGCCGAAAUGGACUUUCAUUGAUUUCUUCUUACUUAUUCAACGUUUAGUGGCCAAUUCUCUAGGCGUGUUUUUGUGGUAGUUCCUUUUUUUUUUUUUUUUUUCUUUCUUCCUUUCAAAUACAUAAUCUGUAAAAUGGAGAACGAAAUUUUUACUCCCCUUCUGGAGCAGUUCAUGACCAGCCCCUUGGUCACUUGGGUUAAAACGUUUGGACCUCUGGCUGCGGGAAAUGGGACCAACCUGGAUGAAUAUGUGGCUUUGGUGGAUGGAGUAUUCUUGAACCAGGUCAUGCUCCAAAUUAAUCCAAAAUCGGAGAGUCAGAGAGUAAAUAAAAAAGUCAACAAUGAUGCUUCACUUAGAAUUCAUAAUCUAUCCAUUUUGGUGAGACAGAUAAAAUUUUAUUACCAGGAGACUUUGCAACAGUUGAUUGUGAUGUCAUUGCCAAAUGUCUUAAUCAUUGGUAAAAAUCCCUUUUCUGAGCAAGGCACAGAAGAAGUUAAAAAACUUCUUUUACUCUUACUGGGGUGUGCAGUUCAGUGUCAGAAGAAAGAAGAAUUUAUCGAAAGAAUUCAAGGUUUAGAUUUUGAUACAAAAGCAGCAGUUGCUGCACAUAUUCAAGAGGUAACCCAUAAUCAGGAAAAUGUGUUUGAUCUGCAAUGGAUGGAAGCAACAGAUAUGUCUCAGGAAGAUAUAGAACCACUAUUGAAAAAUAUGGCAUUGCAUCUAAAAAGACUUAUAGAUGAAAGAGAUGAACAUUCAGAGACUAUCGUAGAGCUCUCUGAAGAGCGAGAUGGUCUUCAUUUUCUACCCCAUGCCUCUUCAUCUGCACAAUCACCUUGUGGUUCUCCAGGCAUGAAGAGAACAGAAAGUCGACAGCAUCUGUCAGUAGAACUGGCAGAUGCUAAGGCCAAGAUAAGAAGGCUUAGGCAGGAACUGGAAGAAAAGACUGAACAGUUGUUGGAUUGUAAGCAGGAGCUUGAACAAAUGGAAAUAGAACUUAAAAGGCUGCAACAAGAGAACAUGAAUUUACUUUCGGAUGCUCGUUCUGCUCGAAUGUACCGUGAUGAAUUAGAUGCACUGCGAGAGAAGGCAAUCAGAGUUGAUAAGCUUGAAAGUGAAGUAAGCAGAUAUAAAGAGAGGCUACAUGAUAUUGAAUUUUAUAAGGCAAGAGUUGAGGAAUUAAAAGAAGACAAUCAAGUUUUAUUAGAAACAAAAACAAUGUUGGAAGACCAACUAGAAGGAACUCGAGCUCGUUCUGAUAAAUUACAUGAAUUAGAAAAAGAGAAUUUACAAUUAAAGGCUAAACUGCAUGAUAUGGAAAUGGAACGAGAUAUGGAUAGAAAAAAGAUUGAAGAAUUAAUGGAAGAAAAUAUGACUUUGGAAAUGGCACAGAAACAAAGCAUGGAUGAAUCGUUACAUCUUGGCUGGGAGCUAGAACAGAUAUCCAGAACUAGUGAACUCUCUGAAGCACCACAGAAAUCCUUGGGCCAUGAGGUGAAUGAGUUGACAUCAAGUAGAUUAUUAAAGUUAGAAAUGGAAAACCAGAGUUUGACAAAAACUGUGGAAGAGCUCCGGAGUACUAUGGAUUCUGUGGAAGGUAACACCUCCAAAUUUCUGAAAAUUGAAAAAGAAAAUCAAAGACUAAGUAAAAAGGUUGAAAUUCUUGAAAAUGAGAUUAUUCAAGAAAAGCAAACUCUUCAGAAUUGUCAGAAUUUAAGCAAGGAUCUAAUGAAGGAGAAAGCUCAGCUUGAAAAAACGAUUGAAACACUUAGAGAAAAUUCAGAGAGACAGGUUAAAAUAUUGGAACAGGAAAAUGAACAUCUGAAUCAAACAGUGUCUUCCUUGAGGCAGCGCUCCCAGAUAAGUGCUGAAGCAAGGGUGAAAGAUGUAGAAAAAGAAAAUAAAAUUCUCCACGAAUCUAUCAAAGAAACAAGUAGCAAGUUAAGCAAGAUUGAAUUUGAAAAAAGGCAAAUUAGGAAAGAAUUGGAACAUUAUAAAGAAAAAGGAGAACGAGCUGAAGAACUUGAAAAUGAGUUGCAUCAUCUUGAAAAAGAAAAUGAAUUGUUACAGAAAAAAAUAACUAAUUUAAAAAUUACUUGUGAAAAAAUUGAAGCCUUAGAACAUGAAAAUUCAGAACUAGAAAGAGAAAACAGAAAAUUAAAAAAAACAUUGGAUAGUUUUAAAAAUCUUACUUUCCAGUUAGAAUCCCUAGAAAAAGAGAAUUCCCAACUUGAUGAGGAAAACUUAGAACUUCGAAGGAAUGUGGAAUCUUUGAAGUGUGCUAGCAUGAAAAUGGCUCAGCUACAAUUAGAAAACAAAGAACUGGAAAGUGAAAAAGAGCAACUUAAGAAGAGUUUGGAGCUCAUGAAGGCAUCUUUCAAGAAAACAGAACGCUUGGAAGUUAGUUACCAGGGAUUAGAUACAGAAAAUCAGCGGUUACAGAAAGCUCUAGAAAAUAGCAAUAAAAAAAUUCAACAAUUAGAAAGUGAACUACAAGAGUUAGAGAUGGAAAAUCAAACACUGCAAAAAAACCUAGAGGAAUUGAAAAUAUCUAGCAAAAGAUUAGAACAACUGGAGAAAGAAAAUAAAUCAUUAGAGCAAGAGACAUCUCAAUUAGAAAAAGAUAAAAAACAAUUGGAGAAGGAAAAUAAGAGACUCCGUCAACAAGCAGAAAUAAAAGAUACCACGUUAGAAGAAAACAAUGUGAGGAUUGGAAAUUUGGAAAAAGAAAACAAAACCUUAUUCAAAGAAAUUGGUAUAUAUAAAGAGUCUUGUAUUCGUCUAAAAGAAUUAGAGAAAGAAAACAAGGAGCUUGUGAAAAGAGCAACUAUUGAUAUAAAAACUUUGGUUACAUUACGUGAGGAUUUGGUGAGUGAAAAAUUGAAGACUCAACAAAUGAAUAAUGAUCUUGAAAAAUUAACUCAUGAACUUGAGAAGAUAGGGUUAAAUAAAGAGCGACUCUUGCAUGAUGAGCAAAGUACUGAUGACAGUAGGUACAAACUUUUGGAAUCAAAAUUAGAAUCCACUCUUAAGAAGUCCCUUGAAAUAAAAGAAGAAAAAAUUGCCGCUUUAGAAGCUCGAUUAGAGGAAUCCACAAAUUAUAAUCAGCAGUUGCGUCAAGAACUUAAAACAGUGAAAAAAAAUUAUGAAGCUCUCAAACAAAGACAAGAUGAAGAAAGGAUGGUGCAGAGCUCUCCUCCAACAACUGGCGAAGAUAACAAAUGGGAGCGAGAAAGUCAAGAAACAACUAGAGAGCUUCUAAAAGUUAAAGACAGAUUAAUUGAAGUAGAAAGAAAUAAUGCUACACUGCAAGCCGAGAAGCAAGCUUUGAAAACUCAACUGAAGCAACUUGAAACACAGAACAAUAAUUUGCAGGCUCAGAUUCUUGCUCUUCAGCGGCAAACGGUGUCAUUACAGGAACAGAAUACCACUCUUCAAACACAGAAUGCCAAACUUCAGGUUGAAAAUUCUACCCUUAAUUCCCAAAGUACCUCACUUAUGAACCAGAAUGCACAACUCCUAAUCCAGCAGUCUUCCUUAGAAAAUGAAAAUGAAUCCAUAAUCAAAGAACGAGAAGAUUUGAAAUCUCUCUAUGAUUCUCUAGUCAAAGAUCAUGAAAAGCUGGAACUUCUUCAUGAACGGCAGGCUUCAGAGUAUGAAUCUCUCAUCUCUAAACAUGGAACUCUAAAGUCUGCCCACAAAAAUCUUGAGGUGGAACAUAAAGACCUUGAAGACCGUUACAAUCAGUUAUUAAAACAGAAAGGACAAUUGGAAGAUUUGGAAAAAAUGCUCAAAAUAGAACAGGAAAAGAUGCUGCUUGAAAACAAAAACCAUGAGACAAUAGCCACAGAAUACAAGAAACUUUGUGGUGAAAAUGAUAGAUUGAAUCAUACAUAUAAUCAGCUUUUAAAAGAGACUGAAGUUUUACAGACUGACCAUAAAAAUUUGAAAAGUCUUCUAAAUAAUUCCAAACUGGAACAAACAAGAUUAGAAGCUGAAUUUUCAAAGUUGAAGGAGCAGUACCAACAACUGGAUAUCACAUCCACGAAGUUGAAUAAUCAGUGUGAGUUGCUUAGCCAACUUAAAGGAAAUUUGGAAGAAGAAAAUCGACACUUACUAGAUCAAAUUCAGACUCUAAUGCUACAAAACAGAACACUUUUGGAGCAGAAUAUGGAAAGCAAGGAUCUUUUUCAUGUUGAACAAAGACAGUACAUCGAUAAGUUAAAUGAACUAAGACGGCAAAAGGAGAAAUUAGAAGAGAAAAUUAUGGAUCAAUACAAAUUUUAUGACCCAUCUCCUCCUAGAAGGAGAGGCAACUGGAUUACUCUAAAAAUGAGAAAAUUGAUAAAGUCCAAGAAAGAUAUUAAUCGAGAACGUCAGAAAUCUCUAACAUUAACGCCAACCCGUUCAGACUCCAGUGAAGGGUUUCUUCAGCUGCCCCAUCAAGAUAGUCAAGAUAGUUCUUCAGUAGGAUCAAACUCUUUAGAAGAUGGCCAAACCCUGGGGACCAAGAAAAGCAGCAUGGUUGCACUGAAAAGACUGCCCUUUUUGAGGAACAGACCGAAGGAUAAAGACAAAAUGAAGGCCUGCUACCGUCGUUCCAUGUCCAUGAAUGACCUGGUGCAGUCCAUGGUCCUAGCAGGAGGACAGUGGACAGGUAGUACUGAGAAUUUGGAGGUUCCUGAUGAUAUUUCAACGGGUAAAAGGAGAAAAGAAUUGGGAGCUAUGGCCUUCUCUACUACAGCCAUCAACUUUUCAACUGUCAACUCUUCUGCAGGCAUCAGAUCCAAGCAUUUGGUUAAUAAUAAAGAUGCUACAUCCUUUGAAGACAUAAGUCCACAAGGUAUUAGUGAUGAUUCUAGUACGGGAUCAAGAGUUCAUGCGUCAAGACCAGCCAGCCUUGAUAGUGGCAGAACAUCCACUAGCAAUAGCAAUAAUAAUGCUUCACUCCAUGAAGUCAAAGCAGGUGCAGUUAAUAACCAAAGCAGGCCACAAAGCCACAGCAGUGGAGAAUUUAGCCUGCUUCAUGAUCAUGAGACUUGGUCCAGCAGUGGUAGCAGUCCAAUCCAGUACUUGAAAAGACAGACCAGAUCAAGUCCAGUGCUCCAGCACAAAAUGCCUGAAACACUGGAAGGUCGAGCACAUCACAAAAUCAAAACUGGUUCCCCUGGAAGUGAAAUUGUUACUCUACAACAGUUUUUGGAAGAAAGCAACAAGCUUACCUCAAUACAGUUAAAGUCCUCAAGCCAAGAGAAUCUUUUAGAUGAAGUAAUGAAAAGUUUGUCUGUCUCUUCUGACUUUUUGGGAAAAGACAAACCAGUUAGCUCUGGUCUUGCCAGGUCAGUAAGUGGAAAAGCCCCAGGGGACUUCUAUGAGAGACGGACAACUAAGCCUGAAUUUGUGAGAUCUGGUCCUCGAAAGACUGAAGAUGCAUACUUCAUUAGUUCUGCAGGAAAAACUACACCAGGCACUCAAGGAAAGUUAAAAUUAGUAAAAGAAACCUCUCUGUCACGACAAUCAAAAGAUAGCAAUCCUUAUGCCACUUUACCUCGUGCAAGUAACGUGAUUUCUACUGCUGAAGGAACUACACGAAGGACAAGCAUCCAUGAUUUUUUGACCAAGGACAGUAGACUACCUGUAUCAGUUGAUUCACCACCACCUGCUGCUGAUGGCAACAUCACUGCAGCAUCUAAUAUGGACAAAGUACAAGAAAGCAGACAUUCAAAAAGCAGGUCUAGGGAGCAACAAAGCUCCUAAUUCUAUUGCCCACUACAUGACAUGUGGGCCAAGUGAGAGAAAAGUGUCCUUCAGUUUCUCAGUAUGAAGCCUUUAUUUCUGAAGUAACAAGACACCUAGCAACUGUAGGAACCAUUUUUUAAAAAUCAUUAAGGAGACUUUAAACAAUCCUUCGUGAAUAGAGCAGGCAAGAAAUACAAACCUUCAUUCCUUCCUUGAAUCAAGGAGCACUACUGGAUUCAACUGCCAAAAGUUUUAGAAGGUUUUAGGACUUAACUAUACAUUGUAUUGUUAAGCUCUACUGAAUAAAGAACGUUCUCUCACUAAGGACCAAGUGUUUUAAGGUCAAGUGUUAAAAGAAGCACUCCAGGAACAAUCUACUUCUCUCAUCAUUUGUUUAUGAAUUUAUCUAUGUUUGCUUAAUGCUUCUGCUAAGUAUUAGCCAAAAUCUAGCCAUUUAUAUUUAGUUGUGUAAAUCUAAAUUAAAUGCUGUAGUAUUUUGUGGAAUGUACUAUAUAUGAAGAUACAGAGAAAAUUGUUUUGGCAUGUCAGAGCCUUUUUUUGGUUAGACUGCAUGUGUUGGUACUUUUUUUUAAGUCAGUUAUCUUGAUGCACUGCAAAAAAUUCAGUUUAUAAGAUAAAUCUGAAAAUUCAUAACAAGAUACUGAAGUUAAAAAAUAUUAAUCUUCCAUAUUCCCCACUAAGCUACACUAAGCAUUCAUAUGUGGAUCCAAGAUAAAAGUGUUUUUCUGAAAUUUUUUUAAAUAAGAUGGUUUUCCACUAAAUAGCAUUCCCAAGGUAAAGCUGUUGUUUUAACUUGUUUCACUUCUUUACUGUUGGGCUAUGUAUGUGUCUUUUUUUUUUUUUUUUUUUUUAACUUGAGAGCUGACUGUUGCUUAAGAAGUUUUCUUAUGGCAAAAAUAAUGUAAAUAAUUUAUUACGAUCUGCAUUUUGCCAGGAACUCACUUAUUAUUAAGGUUAUCAUUUAUUAAUAAGAAUUUUUCUGUUUUUGUCCUUUAUAAUAUUACAUUAAAGUUGAAUGAAUAACAGGUACUUUUUGAAAUAUUUGUAUGCAUUUGUUACCUUAAACAUUUGGAAGAAGCACAAAAAAAUAGAUUCAGUUAAUCCAGAGAAACAUCAUUUUUUUAGUAGUUCCAAUUUUUAUAUCACAGUUUUAUUUUCUUAUAAAGUCCAAAAAACUGCAUUGAUACUCAUUAAUACAAAUUCAUUACUUAACAAUAAAUAUCAGAAUAAUCUUCUGAAAUAAGAAGACAUUGACUAUUUUUUAUUUUAAUAGCACACUUCUUAGGCUCUCGUUACCAGCUCUAAAGGACUUUUUAGAAUAAUUCCUUAUUCCUUCAUAUGUGAUAUAUGAACUGUGUGUAUCAUCACUAACCCAGUAGCCAUGAGAAUAGUCUCUCCCCCCUCUGUCUCUCUCUCUCUGUGUCUCUCUUUUUGGUAGGCCAGUAGCAGUGUUGUGUUUAUAGUUGUCUUGGAAAGACCAUCAAUAAAAAAAAAGAGAGACAGCAUGUUUCGUUGACCAGAAAUAGAAAUGGAAAUUAGAGAACUUGGAUUUAUUAACUCAGUGCCAUCAUUAACAUAGGUUUGCCACCAAGUAAUGCUGUAAAGUUAAAUCACUUUGAAACUCUUGGAUGAAAGGUGCUAUGUAAAUGUAAAUACAAAGGAUUCUUACUGAAAUACAAAUAUUGCACAACAGAAAUAUUUAAAAUCUAUUCUCUAGACUUUGAAAUCUCUCUCCAUCAUGACUCCCUGGAUACAAGUAUCAAAUUGGUAAAUGGGUAUCGUGACAGUCUAGAGACACUUGCAUGUAAAAAAUGUAAAUUUAUUUUUUGGUUGGGUAAGUUGAAAGUAAAUGUAGAAAUUAUGUUUUAGCUAAAUACAGUAAGUGGGUAAGUUAGAUUUAUAUUAACUAGCAUCUAAUUUGCACAACUAGGACACAUCCCAGAACAGUUACUGAAAAGUUGAAAUUUAAUGAGUGUGAGGUGGCCCAAUGAAGACGAAUAUCAUACUUUCACCUCUCCAGGAUACUAGUAUUCUAAAAUAGAGAAUCUACUGAAUUAACCAGCACAUUAGUGCUUCUACAGAAAAUGCUGAAUGACAGCCUUUGAAGUACUAAAUUUGACAAGGCUGAUCUGAAAGGACAAUUGAAAAGAGACAAACAAGGGAACAUGUUGAGAUUGUAAAAAUACAAAUAUUCUCAGUUAUAUUCAUCACCUUUUGCAUACCAUUUCAAGAAAGGACUAGAUAAUAACCACAUGAAUAUUUCAUUUUUUUCCAAAAGCUACCAUUAGAAGCAAAUGUGUAGGAAGCCACUCUUUUACCUUAUAUAAACUUCUGUCAAACAAAAUAGUAAAGCCAACUGAAAACUAACCAGGGCCUAUUCUUAAUGGGCCUGACAUGCUUUUAAUUUUCUGGCUCUACUCUGAAUCAAUACCUAAACCCCCUCACCCCCAAGAAAACUGAAAAAUUCAACAUACAGGGUAAUAGCUUUGGCCCAGAGCUCUAAUAGUGUACUUCAAAUCUAGCCAUGUGGAAAUGUUUUGGUCCAAGUUUUUGAAUUGGUGGUUACCAAAGAGUUCACAAGACAGGUUCAUAUGUAGCACCUUUCAUGCAAGGCAUGGUAAGAGCCUAUUUAAAAACCACCGUGCAUAUUAUAGAAUUUACAGCCACCUCACAAAUGAAGUACUACAGCCUGUACUGUCUUAAGAGAUUAUGUCAGGAAAUGAAAAUGAUAACUGUACCAAAUCUGAAAUUAUAAUGGGAAUAAUAAUGUAUGCUAAAUUACUUUUGUAUUUUAAGUUACUUUUUAAGAGAAAAGUGAAUUUUGUGAUUUUCUUUUCAACUACUUAGUCCCAAGAUGUAUUUUUUUCUUUAAGCCUUGAAUGAAUAAUACAGAAGGAGCCCAUUUUAGAACAUAAAAACUUGAUGUACAUGUUAUUUGGAUAAUGAAAUGCCUUAAAAGGAAUGCUUAAUGGAUAAUGUUGCACUUAUAACACCCUUUAACAAAACCUGAUUUAAAAUGGUCUUUUUCUUUUCUAAGGGUUCUCUUUUCAUUGUUUUCCAUUGUACUUAUAACUGCUAUUAAAUACCAAAUCAAAUAAUAUAUAAGCUGUAACAUUUCCUUUAAAACUAAUGCUGAUGAGAAUUUGGAGUUGAACGGCAAAAUGUUUAUUACUUGGCAAUAUUUAAUACCAGCCAUAGGAAUCCAACUUGUGAUAAGAGUCACCAUUGUUUGAUUUGUCUUUUUAAAACAUUCAUUUUCAAUUUAGCUUUUAACUUUGUUUCUCCUUUAAAAAGUUGGAUUAACAUUCACUUUUCAGACUGAUAUAUAAAAAAUAAAAGAGGUGAUUUUUUACAAGAAGUAGUAAUCAUUUUUA